UACUUUCACUCAACCCAGCAGAAGCAAUCAUAACUCACUCCCCGACAAUGAACAAUCAAGUGGAUAAUCAUGGUGGUUCAACAGAAACCCUAACCAAUAAGAAACAAGAGAAAGGUUGGAGAAGGGUUUUCAAAUUAGCAGUGCGUUGGUUGUCAUACAAAAACAAGAAUGACUGGUUGGAAAAGAUGAGAGGGAAUUUUAGUGUAGUAGCAAUAUUCAUAGCAACAAUAACAUUUCAAAUGGGUUUAAAUCCACCGGGUGGCGUUAGGCCUGCCGAAUACGGCAAAGAUAAAAUGGAUGAUGAUAUAUUAGGUGCUGAAAAUUCCACGUCGACGCUACGUGCGGGUGAAGCUGCAAUGGCUGUUGUAAGCCCUGAAAACUAUUCCAAAUUCCUUUACUCGAACACAAUAUGUUUCAUUGCAUCACUUAGUGUUUUACUCUUGCUUACCAGUGGUAUUCGUUUGAGUCAUAGGUUUACUAUGUGGCUUGUAUCUAUAGGGAUGUGUUUCACUCUCACAUCUCUUCUUGUUACUUACGACAUAGCAGUAGGAAUGAUUACCCCAGAUAUUCUCUGGGAUGAUACGUUGGAUUUUCUUUCAACGUUGCUUUAUAUUUGGAUGGGAUUGUUUUCCUUCUCGGGUUUGUUACUCACACUGCGUAUUAUUAUUUGGGGAAUUAGUGAUUUCCUCAAUAAACGUGAAGGUAAAAAGGCAAACAGAACUCCAACAAAGACUCCAACCCCUUGA